AUGUCCUGUUCGCCGGGCAUCGUCGCGUGUGUGUUAGUGUGUUGGCUGUUGGCUGUGUGCGCCUCGAUCGGGGAUGGUUCUCCGGUACCGGGAAGGUACGGUUCCUCCAAGAUAGUCAUGUUCUGGACCACGUUCAGGAACACCUCCAUACCGAUGACUUCAGUUCUAUCGUCCUCACCGAUCCUGUCAGCUGCUGGUCCGACGAUUGUGUACCGCCCGAAACUGAUCGUUGAUCGAGUUUCCACGAGCAAGGUGGCUGGUGGAACCAUCGCAAAAAACGAACAAUUCCCGCAUCUCGUCGCGAUCCUGCUCAGCUUCGGUGAUGGCUCGGAAACGCUCUGUGGAGGUUCGAUCUUGGCUGAUCGCUUCAUUCUAACAGCCGCACACUGCCUGUACGGAAUGCAACAGGCAACGAUCGUUCCAGGACGAACGGCGAUCGAGAUCCCGCUAGAUGAGGAGGCCACUAUGACAGUGACACCGUCUGACACGAUCCUUCACCCAGGUUAUGAUCCUGUGGACAUCCUUAACGACAUAGCGUUGAUUCGGUUACCCAAAUCGUUGGUGUUUUCAUCACGCAUUCAAGCGAUCAGGUUGCCCUCGUGGCGUAACGCCUUUACCGAUCUGAUCGGUCACGAUUCGAUCGUAUCAGGAUGGGGUGCUCAAUCGAACGAUGACUACAACGAACCGACGGAGGACAUGCGGCUCGAACUACGGUACGCUACGAAUGCGAUCAUCUCGAACGAAGUGUGCCAGCGGGUGUAUGGUUCGAUCAUUCGCGAUCAGCAGAUCUGUGUGGCAGCUGAUGGUGGACGGAAUCCGUGCCAGGGUGAUUCGGGAGGACCUCUGACGGUGGAGUUUGGUGGGCAGAGACUGACGCAGGUCGGGAUUGUUUCGUACGGCUCGAUUCGAGGAUGUCAGAAUGGUGUUCCGGGUGUGUACACUCGCGUGUCGUCGUACGUUGAGUGGAUCGUUUAUCAUACGGGGAUUGUUACGUAG